AAGCGCCGCAUUGAGCUUUUGGAAGCUUUUCGCGCGGGAACCGAAACAUUCAAACAUUUAAUUCGAAAUUCAAAUAUCGUGUAAUAUGGACUUUAUGUGUUGAAUUUAAUUAAAAAUUAAAAUGAAUAUGUCGCUGGGGAAACAACCUACGGACCAUAUUAAAAGGCCCAUGAACGCCUUCAUGGUCUGGUCCAGGGGUCAGAGGCGGAAAAUGGCACAGGAUAACCCGAAAAUGCAUAAUUCUGAAAUUUCUAAGCGGCUGGGUGCUGAGUGGAAGUUGCUUUCUGAAAUGGAAAAACGACCUUUUAUCGACGAAGCGAAACGAUUGAGAGCCCUUCAUAUGAAAGAACAUCCAGAUUACAAAUACAGACCUCGCCGGAAACCAAAGGCUCUUGUGAAGAAAGAACCCAAAUUCGGUUUCAAUAUCUCCGGUCUAAUGGCCCCAGUCCCUCGUCUGGUCACACCGCUCCCACAGCCAGUACCACAAUUGCCCGUUCCCCAUCACUUUGACAAGCCAGACCUUGGAAGACUGUUCCCACCACUGCCAUAUCCGUUUUAUCCCUUUGCGAAGUUACCGGAUGACGGGAAAUUGGCUGCAGAACUCGCACACUUACAGUCCAAUUAUUUCCAGGCCCUUUACGGUGGUGCGCUGUACAGCAGUGCACUAUACAAUAGUGCAUUAUCGCCUUGCGGAUGUCCGCCACGAAGGACGCCGUCACCACCACCCGACGUAAAGCGCCCGGUGGCUUACAUCCUCAUGAAGAGUGACGAGGAACCUCCUCAGCAUGUUAUAUGAAGGCCGGUUGCCCUCCCAGCGCGACCUUACCAGCACUGGGAGAGGCCGUCCACUUCGACAGAGAGAGAUAGCAGCACUCCUGACAGUGUUUAAAGUGACUUUCUAGAACAGUUUUCGUUUUAUGAACCUGCGUCGCCGUUGUAGUCUUUAAUAAAUUAAUGUAUAAAUAUGGCAUGUAUGCAAACAUUUAUCCUGUAUAAAUACAUAUGUAAUAAGUCUUAACUGAAGUAGGAAAAACAAGAAAAUUAAAGCGAAGCAAUGUGUAAGAAACAAAUUUAUUUUUCAUGUUAGGAAAUUCAAGAAUGCUACCCCAUAUAGAACAUUUACGCACACUGCUAUGGAAAGCCCUCGCACACAAAUAUAACACAUUAUAUAUCUAAUAAUUGUUAGUUACGCUAAAAUUAUCUUAGAGAAGCUCUCGAUUUAAGAAAGACUGAUAAAUUUAUUUUUACCGUAUCGUAACAACCUCUGUUAUGCAAAAUUUUAAUUUUGUUGCGUUAUUUCAAUAUUAUCUUGUGAGUUUAAGUUAACAGGUAAACUUCGUUCGUUUUAAAAUUUUAUAACCAUACUCUGAGACAUUCAUUAAAAGUUAACGGGUACUUAAGGUACAUAUUAAUCAUUUUGUAAAUUAUUAAAGAUACCUAAUAUAUAAUAAGAGUAAUUUCAAUGGACGACUCAGAGUAGAGAAAUCGAUUUAUAUGACGUUGGCCACACAUUUUUAUAUAAGCCGAAAUUUGUUAUAUAGUCUUCUUUAUUUAGAAUUGAUUGUAAAUAAAUAGUAAUUAACUGUGUAGACUUGACGCAAUACUAUCGAAAUGUAGACCCUUAAGAACUAAAUCUUAUUUAACUAUUAACUUUUCUGUUAAAUUAUGUU